ACACGGAGGGGAGGAGGCACCACAAGGAAGGGAGAGGCAGACUCCUGACGAAAUAAUAGAAACAUGAGCAAGCUACGUCCGUUUGACCAGCUGAUCGUUCCUCCCAGUGAGAGGAGGGAAGGAAUGGAGGGGAGGAGUGAACACUGAUGCUCCACUAAUCUGCAUGGGAGAGCGGAAUCAGACGAGAGAAACAGCAGCUGGAGUCGGGCGAGAAGUCUUUCCCUACUCAGGAUGGAAAGACCGUGGAGGAAGUGACAUGUUCAAAGGGAGAAAGCACUGGCAGUUGGAAGACUUUGCUUCAAGGCGGGAGAAAAACUACUAACCGAUCACAGAAAACAGAAACAACAAAGGCAGUUUGCAGUAGCAGCAGGUUGAUUUAGUUGACUCGUAACCUUGUGCAGCGAUGUCCUGGUUGUCCCCGGUCCAGUGGGCCAAAUGGACGUGGUCAGCUGUGACGGGUGGCUCAGGAGACGACGGGCAUGACGAUGACAAUUCAGACUCCGAAGGAACAUACGAGACCCCAGAGGUAGAGUCUCCAAGUGUAGUGAAUUUGCUGAGCCAGCUUGACAACGCCACGAACACAGACCAAUUUGUCCACAAGAAUUGCAACCAGGAUGAGGUCGAUGCCCUUAAUAACCUGACUGGCUCAUCACCCAACAACAACAGCUUUGGUCUUGGCAAGAACCUCAAUCUGACGCGAACACCCAAGCCUUUGUCCCAGUCAAAUGCUGCAUCACAAGCACAACGACCUCCGUCCCUGCCGGUCCACUCCCCGCUGAAUACACCGGAUCCUUCAGAGGUGGACGAUGAGGCCCCCGUGAUUGCUAACCUGAGCUCAGACUCAAACAAGAUACCCUGCCAUGAACAUGACUUGCUCAAUGGCAACGUCAACUCUGACGGUGCAAAACCAGCCUGCCAGCAAGAGGGAAGUGUGGUCAGCAGCAGCAUUAUCAUAAAUUUGUGUGAAGUAAAGCCGGUGCAGCCCAAGCAAAAGGACCUCAGUGAGCAGGAUGAUCAUGACGGCCAUGCUACUGAUGAGGAGAAGUUGGCCAGCAGCACAUGCCUCAAAGCAGACAAGGACCAAAGCAUUCAAGUCUGUCAUGUAUCUUCCACGCCAGAAGAGCCAUACAACUGCACCCUGCACAAUGAAGACCCAAGCAAGUGGAAGAACAAAUCAGGAGGAAGUGGCAUGCAGAAAACAGGAAGUGAGGUUCUGGACUCCAUCUGCAUCAGUGAAGAGGAGAAAAAGGCUGUUUUAACCCUCAUUAGAGAGGAGAUUAUUACUAAAGAGGCAGAAGUGAACGACUGGAAGAGGAAGUAUGACGACAGCAGACAGGAAGUCAAUGAGAUGAGAAAGAUUGUUGCAGAGUACGAGAAGACGAUUGCACAGAUGAUUGAGGAUGAGCAAAGAAACAGCAUGAGUUCCCAGAAGGCUUUGCAUGCUGUAACCAUGGAGAAGGAGGCAGCUCUUACAGACCUCAAUUCGGUGGAACGUUCAUUGUCUGAUGUUUUCCGGCGCUAUGAGAAUAUGAAGAGCACCCUUGAAGGCUUUAAGAAAAAUGAAGAGGUACUUAAGAAAUGUGCUCAGGAGUAUCUGGCCAGAGUUAAACAGGAGGAGCAGAGAUACCAGACACUCAAAGUCCAUGCAGAAGAGAAGCUCGACAAGGCCAAUGAGGAGAUCGCUCAAGUGCGCACAAAGGCCAGUUCCGAGAGCUUGGCCCUGACCGCCAGCCUCAGAAAGGAGCAAAUGAAGAACGAGUCCCUAGAACAAGCUCUGCAGCAGAAGAAUCAAGAGAUUGAAGAACUCACUAAGAUCUGUGACGAGCUCAUCGCUAAAAUGGGAAAAGUGGACUGAGGCGGACUUCAUUGUGCCUCAAGCAUGACUUGUGCCAGCCCACACCUCAUGCUGCCCCAACACAGAUGUCUCCUACUGCUUCCUGUCUCUGAAAGCAUGCUAAAAGAGACUCUUCACGUGUAGUCAUCUGUUUUGAUUGCAUUUCGUGGACCCCUCGUGCUUUUGGCUAUCCUGCCAGUGGACAACAAUGACGUGCUUGUGGCUUAAAUACAAUUCCCAGCAGCUUAACGGCAUAAUUGUCAUGCAACGGCUACAGCCGAGUGACAUCACAUUUAAGGCGGGCUGAGGUUGCUUUUGAGCCAUGCCCACAAAAGCUUGAGCAUUGUUUCAUGUUAAAGCAACAUUAUGAAUAAUCUAUUCUCCUGAACGUCUCGGGGGCGUCGCGUGUUAGUAGACGGUUGCCAAAGCUGCACGCUAGCGAGAAAAAUGGUCAGUGUCAAGGAUGCAUAUCAUUCAAACAGAUAUAUAAAAAGACAAUCAAUGAUUCCCCUGUGAUUGUAUUAACACUGUGACAUUUUUUAAUUUCCUAUCCGACACUACAACAUCAGUUUCACUGUCACCAAACAAUAUUCACACCAUCAGAGAUAGCUGUCCACCUUCAGGGUUCCUUCAGAGAAAUGAAGGCAAUAGAUCUACAAAACUAGAACAGUUCCAUUGGAACUGAAAGAACAAAUAUAAACUUAUUGGCCACUAACAACACUGCAGGACAGCACAAUUAUGAAUACCAUCAGUUUUUGUUUGUGUGUGUGUGGUUAUGUAUUGUUAGAAUGAAGGCUCCUUCCUGAUUAACGAAAAUAUUGACAGUCCCAUUUUAAUCGGCUUACUGUUCUGUUUUGUACACCUUGACUGUAUAAGAUUGCACUCUCCAUCAUUUGUUUCAGAUCAUGCAGUUUAUUUUCUCUCUCAUUUUUUGUUUUAAUGUGAACAAAAAGCACCUAACAUGAAAUAUUUGUUCAAAUAAAAAGACUAACCAGACUUUUGAGCGUGUUGUGAAAAUUCAUUG